CACGAAACAGGGAAAUGACUUUGUGUUCGGACGUGGAGAACCGAUUUGGGUUAAUAUACUAGCAUUUUAACUCCAAACCCUGGAAACACUUCAACCACCUUUGAAAAUUGUGAACGUUGCUUGUUAUCUGUCUUUUUAAACCCUCCAAUUGAUUGUCAUUACGCAAGAGUCGAAGAAAAACAACGGGACAACCCACCCACCUUUUCUUGGCGGAAAAGUCGUCAUUACGAGCAAGGAUCCUCAGUAGGCUGGGAAACCAUAACGUUUAAAAACAUGGAAGCACUCGCAAAAUUCGACUUCACUGCUUCGGCCGACGAUGAGCUGAGCUUCAAAAGAGGUGACAUUUUGAAGGUGCUAAAUAUAGACUACGAUGCAAACUGGUAUAAGGCCGAGCUUGACGGGAGAGAAGGGUUUAUUCCAAAAAAUUACAUCACAAUGAGACCUCACGAUUGGUUUCAUGGUAAAAUUAGCAGAGCAAAAGCAGAAGAACUACUACAACUACAACCACAUGAUGGUGCUUUUUUAAUUCGAGAAAGUGAGAGUGCACCAGGGGACUUUUCACUGUCUGUUAAAUUUAAAGAUGAAGUACAGCAUUUUAAAGUCCUUCGUGACGGUGCUGGAAAAUACUUCCUUUGGGUGGUGAAGUUCAACUCGCUUAAUGAAUUGGUGGAAUAUCAUAGAUCAUCGUCAGUCAGUAGAACACAAACUAUUUACUUGUAGAUAUGGUCAAGCAGGAACAAAAUACGGUGCAAGCAAUGUUCGACUUUGACCCCCAGGAAGAAGGAGAGUUGAGAUUCCGUCGUGGAGAUAUUAUCACAGUUCUUGAUAAGUCAGAUCCAAAUUGGUGGAAAGGACAGUGUCACGGUGUAACAGGAAUGUUCCCUGCUCCGUAUGUCGGUCCACUACACCAG